AUGUAAAAUAAAGAAAUAAAUAAAUAGGAUGUUCCUAAAAUUGAUAAAUUUCUAAGGAGGGAACAAAUAUUCAAGAAUGAAAAGAAACUAAAUGAAUUGCAUGCUAAUUAUUAUUAAGGGAUUUAAUUAAAUAAGAGAGAACUCCAUUAGGAAGCUAUUAAAUUACUUGAUUAUAAAGUCACUCAUCCUGAAGAUUUAGAAAUUUAUAUUUCAUCUAGUUCAAUAACAGACAAACCAAUGGUUUAUAAACAUCCCUUAUGGUUAUAAGAGAAGUGA